CUUCCUCUUCCUCCUCUCUGCAUUCGCUUCGAAGCUGUAAGCAUUUAGCAUGCGGCUUGGAGACUCGUGCGCCCUCGAAUGGCGGCGCCGAGGGUGGAGGAAGUGAUCGACUUCCUGUUUGCGCGUGGGUUCUCUGCCGCAGCCGACGCCCUCCGCGACGACGUACUCUCCCGCUGUCCCACGAGCCAGGCGGCGGAGCUCGACCUCGACGUCGGCAUCGCUCUCCCGCCUCUGAAACUUUCGACGCCAUCCCUUGGCGGCGGCGAUACUGCGCGCGCCAGUGCGGACUCCAGCCCUUCAGACACGUUCGUCAGCCUCGGUUCUUCGCCAUUCGAACUUUUGAAUCCCUAUGGAGUCUGGUCACCUGCUCGGUCUAGAUCGGAUGAGGAAUCAACUGAUCGGCAAUCAGACUUUGGGACAGCCAGAGCGUAUAAUAACUAUUGGUAUGAUGACCAGAUUGGAGAAUAUUGUGAUAUGUUCUUCAUCCAAACAGAUUCUGGUCAAUUGCACAGCGAAGACAAGUUCAUCAUGUCUGCAGAGGAAAAGGAUCAGUUUGAGAAAAAAGAAAUGUUUGAUUUUGGAGAAGACGGACAUAGGCAUAAGCAUGAUCAUGUUGGUUGUAAGGGAUCUGUUGAUAUGUACGAUUGUCCUUUCCCAAUUCGUGAUUGCUGCAGUGGAUCAAAGAUUGAUGAAAAUGAGAAAGUUGCUGAAAUGAUUAGAAGCUCAAGCUUUGCUGUUUAUGGCCGCUAUCAGAUCUUGGAUGAUCAGACAGAGAGGUUAGAUGAAUGUGGAGAGAAUGAGGUUUGCUUCAAAAGGAUACGUGAGCAGCCUGAUACCAUUAUUCUAGAACACGAUCGGUUUCAUGAUAGAAGUCGAGUUGAAGGUAAAGAAUGCUCAGAAUCAGAUAUCACAGAGGAAAAACUGCAGGCACUUGAUCACAAUGUGGUUAAUGAUAGUACGUGUGGAAAGUAUGAUCCUAAAAUAAAAAACGAUAGCAAAGGAGAUUCAUAUAACAGAAACAUAUUUUCUGUGAACAAGAUGGAUGAUGGGGAGUUGCAAAAAGAAUGUUACAGUAUAUCACCUUUUGAAGAGGAAGUGUACAAACAAGGUGCUAAAUCUGCCCAUGGAGAUGGGGAUUGUAGGAUAUCUAACAAAGAAUUACAGGAACCUGAAGCUGUUGACUUGGAAUUAAAGGUUCGGAUCCAUAACUUCCAUCUAGACCAUUUUUGUGCAACAUACGCUACUUCAGAAAACAAAUGUGCUGAAUUCUUGUGCAUCAACUUCAGGACUGGCUUUGAAGAAAGCAAAGAGUUCCCAAUUGUCUUAAAAUCAGUUAUAGCAGGCAGAUAUUAUAUUACAGAGUAUCUUGGUUCUGCUGCAUUUAGCAAGGUUGUUCAGGCUCAUGAUCUUCAUACAGGAAUGGAUGUUUGUCUUAAGAUAAUAAACAACGAUAAGGAUUUUUUUGACCAGAGUUUAGAUGAGAUUAAACUCCUUAAGUUUGUUAACAGACAUGAUCCUUCCGAUGAGCAUCAUUUAUUGCGCCUUUAUGACUACUUCUACUAUCAGGAACAUCUUUUCAUUGUUACAGAGUUGUUAAAAGCUAACCUGUAUGAAUUUCAAAAGUACAAUCAUGAGUCUGGUGGGGUGGAAUACUAUACAUUGUCCAGAAUACAGGAUAUUGCUCGACAAUGUCUAGAGGCUUUAUUAUACCUCCAUCAUUUGAGGAUAAUUCAUUGUGAUUUGAAACCUGAGAAUAUCCUUCUCAAGAGCUAUAGUAGAUGUGAAAUUAAAAUCAUUGACCUUGGAAGCAGUUGCUUUGAGAUGGACAACUUAUGCACAUAUGUGCAGUCUCGCUCUUAUCGAGCUCCUGAAGUUAUCCUAGGUCUCUCUUAUGAUCAGAAGAUCGAUAUCUGGUCCCUAGGUUGCAUCCUGGCUGAGCUGUACACUGGUGACGUACUAUUUCCAAAUGACUCAGUACCCAUGAUACUUGCUCGGAUGAUCGGGAUCCUUGGUCCAAUUGAUGAGGAGAUGCUUUCACUGGGACUGGAAACAAACAAAUAUUUCACUGAAAAAUAUGAUCUUUAUCACACGAAUGAGGAAACAGACCAAGUCGAGUACCUAAUACCCGAGAGUUCCUCGCUGUCACAUCAGCUUCUAGAUUCUGAUGCCAAAUUUGUUGAUUUUCUUUCUUGUUUGCUCCAAAUAAACCCGAGGAGGAGACCGACAGCUAGUGAAGCACUAGAACAUGAAUGGCUCUCCAUCUCCUACCAUUGACACAUGAAGUUUCACUAUGCAGUCAUAAAGAUGAAGAACUCAUACUCAAGCAUGUACACAUCCUCUUAGAAGAUUCAACCAAAAGAUUCAAAUAACCCCUUUUUCUUGUAAGUAUGCAGUUUGGCCAGCGCCAAUUUUACAACGCGAUCGUGCAAAUAUUACAUAAUUGUGUCUUUUGUGAAAGAAAAGUGUUGCGUAUUUAUGUAAAUAAUUUGUCGGAUAUUGUAAUAUUGCGGCUGAGUUCAUGCUUGUCUAAGUUUUGAGGCUUUCAGUGUUUGCAGCUCCCAGAACUGAUCUCUACCAUUGUUCCUUCAGAGAGCAGCUGUGUUGGGUUGUGUUGGCAAGUUUUAUGUAAUCAUGGAAAAUGGUUUUCUUGA